AAAUUUGUAAGCGUAAUGUGGUCAUGGAUAUUUUCGAUUGACAAAUUUCUAUGAAAGAACCUUAGUUUCGGUUAAUAUCAUUUUUCUAUGGAUUGAUUCGGUGUAUCGUACACGUACUCACGUAUUGUGCUGGGUAUGGUAGGGGUGUGGCGUCAGGCGCGAGUCUUCUUUCGGCACUAUGACGCAGAUAGGUAGUUUGUUUAACCGAUCGUUAUCUCGUGCAGAAAAGUGUCCUGUUAGUGUACGUUAACUACCAAACAAACGCGUACGUUUCCACCAAAUGUUAGCCGUGUAUAUUAAUAUCUUCUUACGACGAGUUAAAAUUUCUCGAGGACAUUUAAAAAACAUCAGACAGUGAAUUCAUUUUGAUCACUGUUAUUUAAUCGAUAGCGAAAGAAAUAUAUUAGUUUAAAUGUCAAUUUGACGCUGACUGUUGCUUCACGAUUUUCAUUGAUUCUAUUUGUAUUUAAUUUUAUAAUUUCCUUAUACAGGCUAUCUUUUCACCUCGGUUUUCGGUUCACGUUUUUAUCUACUUGUCAUACAACUGAUUUAUUAACGGUGACGUACCAAUGGAUAAUAUAUUACCGGAAGUAAUUAUUAAAUGAUUGGUGCCGAGAAACUGUGGGUGUACGAGUUCAAAUAUUUUGUAUACACGCAUAUCGCGAGAUGAUACAUGUACAGUAUCAAAGAAUCACUAUCUAACACCUAUGUUCAAAGUUUGAUGUUACACAAUGUUUGUUUCCCGUAAUUUAAUUUAAAGCGUUAGAUAGGAUUGGUAACAGCAUGAGUAACUGCGUUGGUAUAUGCGUGAACGCGAUAAUAUUGAUAUUGGGAGUAUACGUAUAAAAAGAUAAUAUAUGUACAUAUAAUGUACUUUCAUAUAUUUAAUGUUAAUUAUAACGUUGAUGCUGACUUAAUAAGAUUCGAAAAAUUCACGCUUAAAGAUACGAGUGUUUGAUAUUUAAAAUUUGAAAUUUCAUUUUUAGAAUUUUUUUUUUCUGGGAUAUCGUAAUGAACGUAAAUGCAAUUGAUUUAAGAAACGUUAAGAAUGUUAUUGACAUUUAAUACAGUCUCUAUUGGCCAGUAUAAUCUCUAUUGACCGCGAUAAGAACUUUUUAUAGAAUUCCUCUUUAGAUAUGCGGCUAUAACCUCCAAGAUAGUACAAACUACGUCAACUCUUUCUUGAAUAACAUAGUACCGCGAUCAAAUUCCUCUUUGUUGUUAGAUCGGCUCCACGUAGGGUCGUAUAAUUUCAAGUAAUACAUACAUUAUUUCAAAUAAAAUAGAAUUCCCAAUUGUAUAACCUUGAAUUAUUUACGUUAUUGAUUUGUCAUUCAAUCCAUGCGUAAUGAUAUGUUGUCUUAUCGCGGGUUACAUUUAAAUCGUAUUGUCGAAGGGAAGUGAUGUGAAAGACAUUUCAUCUGGCUAACAACAACAUGGAUGUAGCGUGUACGAAGGUGAUACAAUGGUUCAACGAACUCAGAGCUCGUUUUCAUCUUUAUUUGUACGCUCAAAAUUUGGGCCCCAUAAGAGCGGAAAAUGGUGGAUCUCAAGGUGACGCUCGGCGGUCUUCGCAUCAACACGACAGUAGCGAAGAGAGGGUGGUUUUUAUCAAUGCUCCUCAUCAGCCCGCGAAAUAUAGAAACAAUCACAUUACUACCGCAAAGUAUUCGCUUCUUUCGUUUAUACCUAUGUUCCUUUUUGAACAAUUUCGUCGAUACAGUAAUUGCUUCUUCCUAUUCAUCGCCCUUAUGCAGCAAAUACCGGAUGUAUCGCCAACAGGUCGAUACACAACUUUAGUUCCAUUAAUUUUUAUUCUUAGUGUGUCUGCAUUGAAAGAAAUAGUUGAAGAUAUUAAAAGGCACAGGGCAGAUGAUGAAAUAAAUAUGCGCGAAGUGGAGGUCUUGAGAGAUGGGCAUUGGCAGUGGAUUCAGUGGCGGCAUGUUGCUGUUGGCGAUGUAGUUAAGGUCCGUAACAACAAUUUCUUCCCUGCUGACUUGAUCUUAUUGUCAUCAUCGGAGCCGCAGGGUAUGUCUUUCAUAGAGACUGCCAAUUUGGAUGGUGAAACGAAUUUGAAAAUACGACAAGCCCAUCCUGACACUGCCAGUCUCUUGGAUACUGCAGAAUUAAUGACCUUUCGUGCAAAUAUUCAAUGCGAGCCACCAAACAGACAUCUGUAUGAAUUCCAUGGAGUAUUAAGGGAAACUAAUAAACAAAGUGUAGCUUUGGGACCUGAUCAAGUAUUGCUCCGUGGUGCAAUGCUGAGGAAUACACGUUGGGUGUUUGGUGUAGUAAUCUAUACAGGGCAUGAUACAAAACUUAUGCAGAACAAUACUACAACUGCACCUCUCAAAAGGUCUACGUUGGACCGACUGACCAAUACACAAAUACUCAUGUUGUUCUUCAUACUUCUUUUAUUGUGCCUUCUGUCUGCAAUAUUCAAUGUUGUAUGGAUGAAAGCUAAUAAUAAUGGAUUAUGGUAUUUAGGUUUACAAGAGGAAAUGACUAAAAAUUUUGCUUUUAAUCUUCUAACAUUUAUGAUUUUAUUUAAUAAUUUGAUCCCUAUUUCGUUGCAAGUUACAUUGGAAGUCGUAAGAUUUGUUCAAGCUACAUUUAUUAAUAUGGAUAUUGAAAUGUACCAUGCAGAAACAGAUACCCCCGCAAUGGCUCGUACAAGUAAUCUUAACGAAGAACUUGGUAUGGUUAAUUAUGUAUUUACCGAUAAAACCGGAACCCUUACGAAAAAUGUAAUGGAAUUUAAAAGAUGUUCAAUUGGUGGCAAGAUGUAUGAAUUGCCAGAGCCUGUAAAUGAUACCGAAGGUGGUAGUAGCAUUAAUAGCGAACUAAUUAGAGAUAUUGUAGAUGGAAGAGCAGUAGAAAAUUCUUCUCGUCCUGUUGAUAAGAAAGCUGCGCACCAUGCAAAAAUAGUGGACGAGUUCAUGAUUAUGCUCUCAGUAUGUCAUACAGUUAUUCCCGAAAAGAUAGAUGAUACUAUCAUUUAUCAUGCUGCAUCUCCGGAUGAAAGAGCAUUAGUAGAUGGAGCACGAAAAUUUGAUUAUGUGUUUGAUACUAGAACGCCUGCUUAUGUGGAAAUAAUAGCUUUGGGUAAAAGACUUCGGUACGAAAUAUUAAAUGUUAUAGAAUUCACGUCGACUAGAAAAAGAAUGUCAGUAAUUGUUAAAACACCAGAAGGAAAAGUCAAACUUUUUUGUAAAGGAGCAGAUUCUGUUAUUUACGAAAGAUUAUCUCCAUCUUCUGUAGAAGAUACUGAUCCUGAACAGGGUAUAAGCAAUUUCCGUGAUGUAACCUUGGAACAUUUGGAAGCGUUUGCAACAGAUGGUUUAAGAACACUUUGUUUUGCUGUUGCAGAUAUACCCGACACUGUUUAUCAGUGGUGGCAAGAAACUUAUCACAAUGCAACAGUUAGUUUAGCGAAUCGUGAUACUCUGAUCGAAAAUGCUGCGAAUCUUAUCGAAACAAAAUUGAGAUUAUUAGGGGCAACUGCUAUCGAAGAUCAGUUACAAGAUCAAGUACCAGAAACGAUACAGUCUCUUCUUCAAGCUGAUAUUAAUGUAUGGGUAUUAACUGGUGAUAAGCAGGAAACUGCUAUUAACAUUGGUUAUUCGUGUAGAUUGAUCACACAUGGAAUGCCGUUGUAUAUUAUUAAUGAAUCAUCCUUAGAUAAAACUAGAGAGGUGAUAAUACAACGUUGUCUAGAUUUUGGUAUUGAUUUAAAAUGUCAAAACGAUGUAGCUCUUAUCAUAGAUGGAAAUACAUUGGACUUUGCAUUAUCCUGUGAUAUUAGAAUGGACUUUCUGGAUUUAUGCUCGUCUUGUAAAGUUGUUAUUUGUUGUAGAGUUUCACCAAUGCAAAAAGCUGAGGUGGUUGAUUUAAUUACGAGUAAUAAAAAAGCUGUAACACUUGCAAUUGGAGAUGGUGCAAAUGAUGUAGCCAUGAUUCAAAAAGCUCACAUUGGUGUUGGAAUUUCAGGCGUCGAAGGUCUUCAAGCAGCUUGUGCUUCAGACUAUUCCAUAGCGCAAUUUCGUUUUCUGAAACGCUUAUUAUUUGUUCACGGCUCUUGGAAUUAUAGUAGAAUGUGUAAAUUGAUAUUAUACUCGUUUUACAAAAAUAUUUGUCUCUAUAUUAUUGAAUUGUGGUUUGCUAUUUCCUCCGGCUGGUCCGGACAAAUCCUUUUCGAACGAUGGUCUAUCGGUCUUUAUAAUGUUGUAUUUACAGCAGCACCUCCAUUAGCGAUGGGACUUUUUGAUAAAGUAUGUUCUGCAGAAACUCAUUUAGCUCAUCCAGCAUUGUAUGCCACAAAAAAUACUGGAGAGUCAUCCUUCAAUAUUAAGGUGUUUUGGAUUUGGAUUGCAAAUGCUUUAGUACAUUCAUCUCUUCUCUAUUGGUUGUCGUUAAUGGUUCUAAAGGAGGACGUGAUAUGGUCACACGGUAGAGAUAGUGGUUAUAUAAUUCUAGGAAAUUUUGUGUAUACUUAUGUUGUAGUGACUGUAUGCGGAAAGGCAGGUUUAGUAACCAAUUCCUGGACGUGGGUUACUUAUGUAGCAACAUGGGGAUCUAUUGUGCUUUGGUUUUUAUUUAUUUGUAUUUAUAGCAAUUUCUGGCCUGUUUUAAAUGUGGGAGCUGUAAUGUUAGGUAAUGAUAGGAUGCUGUUUUCGACACCCGUAUUUUGGCUGGGUUUGGUACUUAUACCAUCAGCAGUACUACUCUUGGAUGUUACAGUUAAGGCAGUGAAGAAUACAGUGUGGAAAUCUGUAACUGCGGCAGCUAGGGAAAAUGAAAUUAGAAAGUCUGAUCCUGGGGACAUAUUUAACAGCCACGAUUAUAGAAGCUCGAGGUCGAGACCAUGUUCGAGGAGGCGAUGGUUUAUUUGGUGUCGGACCUCGGUCUGGUCGCCAAGAAGGCGAAAUAAAUUCAGAAUCUUCCCACUAGCGUUCGCGGCGCGUGAUUUAUGGUUCACUCAUCAUACAGAAUACGUUUCGUCUACACCAUUCCAUGUUCCAUAUUCCUAAAAACUUUCAAGAAACUCCUGUCCAAUGUGGAAUCCGUAAGCAUUCCAAAAUCUUACAUUCUCUUUAUCCCUUUUGAAUAUACCUUUUAGUCUUCAAAGUUGUACCUGUUAACUAUUUUUGUAUCGAGUAUAUGUACCAGAGACAUACGUUAUUUUCUACAUAUGUAGUACAAAGUCUAUUAUACAUUUGUAUAUAAACGAGAUAAAUGUUUUCUUCUCUUCCCACCUAGUAGCAUUUCCCACCAGAUGUAGCAUUGGUUUAGAAGUUUAAGUAGCAAUUUAAGUAACAUCAUUUGUAUCAGUAUAAUUAGCUCUCAUUAUCAUCAAUUAUCACAUUCCUUAUUCUGUUUAAUCUAUUUAGAAUUUUUUGCAGUAAACGGUGGAUGUGUAGUGGAAAGAAGAUCAAAGCUUCAUUAACAGUACCAUGCAUAUUUACACAUAAAAAUUUCCUUUUGUAUUAUUCUAAUUUUAUCGUUGCACAUUGAGUACAAGUAGAUCUGCUUGGAAUAAGACGUAAUCAGGAACAUUGUAACUAACGAUAGAACACGUAUCUAUUCAGAGUGAAUUAAUUCUCUUGUUGAUUACACACAUGUCCAGUAUCAA